AUGGGUGCCUGGGGCUACUGUCUUUUCGAGUCGGACCACGACUUUGACAUGAUCGGUGACAUGAGCCACGAAGCCGGCCUUAUUAAACUCGAGGAAGAUGCGAAAGCACGCGCAAAAGCCGAGGGCAAGAGCGACAAGGAAGUGGAUGCUAUCUUCUAUUCCCUGUACAACUGCUCCGACCCAGAGCUGGUCCGCAGCUAUCUCGAUUCAGGUGUCCUCGUGGACAUGAUCGCUAAAAAGCAGGCGAAGAUGCUGUCUCCGCUCACUGGAUCCCAGGAUGAGCGCCUCGAGUACUGGAUGUCGGACCCUUGCUACACCUACGUCCUGCUCGCUGCCUGCGCCAUGACGCUCGGCUGCCGGCUCCCAGAUACUUAUAUUGCCAUGCUCAAAAAGGUCUACACGGAAGGUGGACUCAUGCCACAGGCACAACAGCAGAUGAAGAAGGCCCUCUUUGGCCCCGAUGGCUACAUCAAUGGUGUGCCCUACGACUUCGAGUCCAAGACGAUCUUAGACGUAGCCAACUCAUCUGCGCACGAAGACGAGAAAGACAAUGGACUGGACUUCGUUUGCUUGAAUGUGCCCAGCCCGGGAGGUUUGUUCAGCACAGGCAUGACGACGUCCACAACGUCUGCUGUGCUCAAAGAACUUCGCGCCCAGCUGAACAAGCCCGAUGCAUGUGGUGGCUGUGGUGCAAAAGAGGGAGCUGGCAAGAAGGUCUUGCUCCUCUGCUCCAAGUGUAGAAACCGAAAGUACUGCUCGACCGAAUGCCAGAAGAAGUCAUGGAAGAUCCACAAGGUGUGCGAUCCUGCCAUGAUUUGA